AUGUCUGAUGCCGUAGUUGUAAAGGCUAAAACCGAACGGAAGGUGUUCAGACCAUCAGCCAAAGUGCUGAACAAAAUACCCGAUGAGAUUACCAAUGACCCUGAGCUGAUCGCCGCUGUACAAUCUUUACCACCUAACUACAACUUUGAAUUGCCAAAGACCAUAUGGCGACUGCGUCAAAUGCAAGCCAAACGUGUUGCUUUGCAAAUGCCCGAAGGCCUGACCAUGUUUGCUGUACAGUUGAGCGAUAUUAUUGAAAGGUUCACAGGUGCAGACACGGUAAUUAUGGGUGAUGUCACCUAUGGUGCAUGUUGUGUGGAUGAUUUCACAGCCAAAGCUCUUGGUGUCGACCUUUUAGUGCACUAUGGCCACAGUUGUCUCAUUCCUGUGGAUCAAACCGAAGGGGUCAAAGUGCUAUAUGUUUUUGUUGACAUCAAGAUUGACGCUAUACACCUAAUCGAAACUGUGAAAUUAAACUUCACCAAACAACAGAGACUAUUGUUUGUGAGCACUGUUCAGUUUGUCACCACAUUACAAGGGUUGAUUAAUAAAUUAAAAACAGAUGGUUAUUGUGUAAAAGUUCCUCAAGAAAAACCACUGUCACCGGGAGAAAUUUUGGGAUGUACCUCACCAAAGGUUUCAGACGCCGAUUGUUUGAUAUAUCUAGGUGAUGGUCGUUUCCAUUUAGAAUCCAUAAUGAUAGCUAAUCCUGAACUUGCAGCAUACAGGUAUGACCCAUAUGAAAGAAAAUUGACCAGAGAAUACUAUGAUCAUGAUGUCAUGAAAGAUACUCGGCUGAAGGCAAUCGAACGAGCUAAAGAUGCUAAAACUUUCGGACUGAUUUUAGGCACUCUGGGAAGACAAGGAAGUACAAAAGUUUUGGAUUAUUUUCAUGAUCAAAUGAGAUCACAUUUGAAAAACUCCGUGACUAUUCUCUUAUCAGAAAUAUUUCCACAAAAGCUAUCUUUUUUUGGAGACACGGUUGACGCUUGGAUACAGAUUGCAUGCCCACGAUUGUCUAUCGAUUGGGGCACUGCGUUUGAAAAACCAUUUCUGUCGCCUUAUGAAGGUGCUGUAGUUAUGAAUCAAAUUGAGUUCAAUUGCAAAGAAAGUUAUCCAAUGGAUUAUUACAGUAAUAACAGUUUAGGUGCUUGGACACCAAAUUAUCGACCAGCCAAUGGUUGUUGUGGUAAAGGAUGUGCAAAUGGUUCAAAAAGUGAUGCCCAAAAAAUAGGUUGUUCCAAGAAUCAGUGA